AUGGUGAGAAAUCGGCCUGGGUUGCUCGCUGCAUGUCUUGAGAAAACAAUGAAACCCAAAAUUAAGAUUUUCCAAGAUUUGGGCUUUUCUGCUGAAGACAUUGCUGAGAUAAUUUCAAAUACACCAUCGAUUUUGUAUCGCAGCUUGGAUAAUGGUGUCAUUCCAUCAUUAUCAGGGUUGAUGAGCUUGUUGGGAUCCAGUGCAGAGGUAGCUAAGGGGAAGCUGAAGGAAGUAAAAGAGGUUUUGCUUGCCACAGAGAAGUAUGAUAUUUCUUGUAUUGUUAGCAAUCCAGGAUCCUUUAUUUGCAGUCUUGAGAAGAUGAUUAAACCCCGAAUGCAAGUUUUAGGAAUUUUGUAUAGUAGGAAUUAG